AAAAUGUCAACAAGCUCUGCUCCUCCUCAACAACAACAACAACAACAACGAGAAAAACAGCAAAAAUUGGAAUCUUCCUCCAAACCUGCUUCCACUGAACCUGCUUUACAAUUAACCACUGGACCUGAUUUAAUAAUUACAGAAAAGCAAAUAGCUCAAGCAUAUCCAUCACUUCCAUUGUUGGAGAGACCUUUUGAUAUUGUGAUUGUUUUGUUUUAUUUAACAUUUAUAUUGUCAACUGCAUUCUUUGAUUAUCACAAUGUGUUGGCUCCUGCUUUGGGUGUGACAGUUAGGGAUUUAAUUGACAAGGAUAUUGAUAGGCCAUUUAAUUGGCCUCCUGCACAAUUUACCAAGACAGCUUUUAGAAUUUGGGGAGAAUAUAUUGAUCCAGUCAUGAUCACUAAUCCAUUGUUUUGGGAAAUUAUGGAAUGGAUUAAUAAUAUUUUCUUGACACCUGCCAAUAUUAUAAUGUCAAUGUCAUUUGCUUUUGGAUGGAGAUCAUUUAGAAGUCUUGGAAUUGUACAUGCUAGUGCAUUGAUGUACAGUUUAUUUAUUUGUAUUGGUGUCGGAAUGUAUGGUGGUGAAGGAAUUGAAUCCGUCAACAAAUUCCAUUUCUUGGUUGCCUAUUCUCCAUAUAUAACAUUCCCAGUUAUUGUCAUUGCUAGAUUGUGGCACAAUUCUCCAAAUGUCUUCUCACGGGAACACAUUGCAAAGAAGAAUUGGGUUGAAAAGGCACUUGCCAUGAUGUGGGCUUGUCAUAUUUUCUUCUUUGUUACAUUCUGUUAUCAUUGGUUGUUGAUUAACACACCAUAUGUUUUACCAAACUUUCCAAAAUUCCCACUCGUUGGUGAUUAUCUUAUGGAACUUGCCAAAUUGGAAGGUCUUCAUUAA